AUGGAGAGGUUAGAGUUGAAAGAGGUUCAGAAACUCGAAGGUCACACCGAUAGGGUUUGGAGCUUGGAUUGGAAUCCGGCCACUGGUCAUGCCGGUGUUCCGCUCGUUUUCGCUUCUUGCAGCGGUGAUAAAACCGUUCGAAUCUGGGAACAGAACCUCUCCAAUAGCCUCUUCUCAUGCAAGCCAGGCAAUGAGUUUGAGUGUGUCUCAGUGCUGCAAGGACAUACUCAGGAUGUGAAAAUGGUGAGACACUGUGGCGAUCACACAUUUGUCUUUGGUAAUCAAGACACAACCGUGUGUGGAAAUAAUGAAACUAAAACAAGUAGUAAUGUUUAUGAAGCGAAUGUUUAUGAAUUGCUGAGGAAUUUGAGUGUGUUGGCGCCGAAAAACGGUGGAUUUUCUGUUGGGUUUGUUGAGAGGAAGAAUGUAACGGUGUAUGGUUUGGCUCAGUGUUGGAAGUUUGUUACUGGUGGUAACUGUCGGAGAUGUUUGGAGGAUGCGGUUACUAGGAUUGGUUCUUCGUGUAGGAAGAAAGAAGAUGGACGGGCUUUGAAUUCUGGUUGUUAUUUGAGGCAUUCACCACACAAGUUCUAUAACAAUUCAAGUAGUAAUGAUGUUGCUGCUGGAAAUCGCGGACACCGAAAAAUGGCUAUAAUAUUGGCUGCAUCUUCUGCUGUCUUGGCUCUUCUUUUGGUUACUGCAACAAUGGGUUUCUUUAUAAGAAAGAAUGUAAUGAGGAAAAGAAGAGAGAGAAAACAAUUUGGGACACUUUUGGAUACAGUGAAUAAAUCCAAGCUAAAUGUUCCAUAUGAAAUUCUUGAAAAAGCAACAAAUUACUUCAAUGAUGACAAUAAGCUAGGACAAGGAGGAUCAGGUUCAGUUUAUAAAGGAGUUAUGCCAGAUGGUAAUACUGUGGCUGUUAAAAGGCUUAGUUUUAACUCGACGCAAUGGGUGGAUCAUUUCUUCAAUGAGGUUAAUUUGAUUAGUGGAGUUCAUCACAAAAAUGAUGAGAGAAGAAAGAAUACUUACACGUCGGAGUCACUCCGCCAACGCUUCAAUCGUGAUUCAGGCUUGCUCUGUUUUGCAGUCAAACUGUUCGACGAAAUGUGUCAUAGAGAUUUAGUUUCUUGGUCUACUUUAAUUGGUUGUUUUGUUAAUAACAACCUUCCUGCUGAAGCUAUUUCGAUUUUCCAACAUAUGCAGCUCGAUCACCCGGACAUUGUGAGUUCCAUUGAUGGGGUUAUCAUGCUGAGUGUUUUAUCUGCGGUUUCGAGGUUGGGUGUGCUUGAAUUAGGUAUCUGGGUUCAUUCUUUUAUUUCCAGGAUGCAGCUUUUCAUUACUGCUUCAUUGGGUGCUGCUCUUAUUAAUAUGUACUCUAGAUGUGGGUCCAUUGAUCGUUCUGUUAAGGUGUUCGAUGAAAUGCCUCAUAGAAAUGUGGUUACUUGGACUGCAUUGAUUAAUGGGCUUGCUGUUCAUGGACGGAGUAAGGAAGCUUUGAAAGCGUUUUAUGACAUGAAGGAGUCUGGUUUGAAGCCUGACCGGACUUCAUUUAUAGGUGUGUUGGUGGCUUGUAGUCAUGGUGGUCUUGUGGAGGAUGGUUGGAGGAUUUUUGAAAGCAUGACGAAUGAGUUUGGAAUUGAACCGAUGCUUGAGCAUUAUGGUUGUAUGGUUGACCUUCUCGGUCGUGCGGGGCUUCUUGUUGAAGCUUUUGAGUUUGUGGAGAAAAUGCCUGUGAAACCAAACUCGGUUAUUUGGAGGACUUUGCUUGGGGCGUGUGUGAACCAUAACCAUCUUUUGUUGGCUGAAAAGGCCAGGGAAAGAGUCAAUGAGCUUGAUCCACAUCAUGAUGGUGAUUAUGUGCUUUUAUCGAAUGCAUAUGGUGGAGUUGGUAACUGGGGUGGUAAGGCUGGCUUGAGAAAUUCUCUGAGGCAAAAUAGAAUUGCCAAGGAGCCUGGCCUUAGUUUUAUCCAUAUUGAUCAAAUGGUUCAUGAGUUUGUCUCUGGUGAUCAUUCUCAUCCACAAUGGGAGAAGAUUACAAAUUUUUUAGUUUCAGUUAUAGAUACUUUAAAACUUGGAGGUUACACCCCUAAUACUUCGUCUGUGUUACAUGAUAUUCAAGAGGAAGAGAAAGAGCAUUGUGUGGGUUAUCAUAGUGAGAAAUUGGCAGUGGCUUUUGUGCUUCUUUAUCGUAGGGAUAGAAAGGCCAUUAGGGUCAUUAAGAAUCUUAGAAUCUGUAAUGAUUGUCAUGACUUCAUGAAGCAUGUUUCGGAAUCUGGUGACCGACUUUACAGUGGUUCACCUGACCGAACUGCAAAGGUACAAGAAGAAGCGCAAAAUGGACAAGUAAAAAUGGACAAGUGGAAUUGGACCAAAUGGUAG